UGAAUUAUUGCUGAAUUAUUACUGAAUUAUUGCAAUUUGUCGGAACAUAAAGUCAUAUUUAUUGUAUAAUAUACAAUUUGCAUUCUAAAAAUGUAGCUGGGUAAGAUAUCAUUUCAUGCAUUACAUCGUAUCACAACAGUAUUAUCAUCCAUCGGGGACAAUAUUGAUUAUUCGAUGUUACUAUAAUUAUAUGUCUACCGAACAUGAAGAAAGAAAUUGAACGAGUGGUGCUGUGAACAGAAAGACGCGUAAAGUAGCUAUAGACGUUCUUUGAUGUGGCUGCUGGAAUUGUUUUCGAUUAUUGGUGUUCGAAAUUGACGACAGAUCGCUUGAUACUUUUUUUUCAACAUGAAACAGGAAGGCGAAAAAAUGCGAAUCAUGCAAUUUCCGCUGGUAACCCUUACGAUCGCCGGGUGCUGGCCACCGAGUUCCUGGUCUACGUUUUGCAAACGAACAGUGUACAAUGUGUAUACGAUUAUUGUGACCUUGCUACUAUUCACUUUCAUGGUGCCGCAAUUCAUGGACAUUGUCCUGAAUGUCGACAAUGCUGACGAUUUCACGGAUACUUUCUACGUUAUGUUAGCUAUGGUUAUCGCUGUCUGUAAGAUGCUCGGCUUGUUGCUAAAUCGUAAGAAUAUCGAGAUGUUAACACACACGUUGGUCGAGAAGCCAUUUAAGCCGCUGGGACCGGACGAAAUCGAAAUUCGACAAAAAUUCAAUAACUUGAUACAAAACAAAGCUAUGGUGUAUACGUUUAUGAUCGAGACAACGUGCGCGAGUAUGGGUCUGACGUCCUUGCUGACGGAAUUUCGAAAUGGAAAUUUGGCCUAUAGAGAGUGGAUACCGUAUGACUAUUAUUCUUCCGACAUAUUAUUUUACAUCACGUAUUUUCAUCAAAUGAUAAGUUUGACGGCUGCGUCCAUCGUAAAUGUCGCCUGCGACAACGUGAUCUGUGGAUUGUUGUUACAUAUCUGUUGCCAGAUCGAGAUCUUGGAAUGUCGGCUGAAAAAAUCUUUGCGCAACCAAAGUGACUUCGGCGAAUGCGUAUAUCUACACAAUCGCAUCUACAAGUUUUCAUACGCAAUGAACAAAAAUUUCAAGUUCAUCAUUGCCGGUCAAUUUAUAGUGAGUACACUCGUGGUGUGCUCCAGUUUAUAUCGACUGGCAAAAACAGAAUUAAGUGCAAAAUAUAUUCCGUUGGCGUUGUACACAAUCUGUAUGCUGAUACAAAUUCUUAUCUACUGUUGGUAUGGAAACGAAGUGAGACUAAAGAGCAUUCAAUUUGCCGAUCAAAUCUUUGACAUGGACUGGCUGGCAUUAGACAAGAAAACGAAAGAAAAUCUUAUAAUGAUCAUGAACCGUUCUUUGAUACCUAUCGAGUUUUCCAGUGCUCAUAUUCUUAUGAACCUCGAGUCUUUUGGGAAGCUUCUUAAGGUAUCAUAUUCAAUAUAUAAUGUACUUCAAAUUAUGUAA